UGGGAUUGGCGUCCAAUCGGCGAGGAGCGGGUGGCGGAGGCCGCGAUGUUGUCACCUGACUGCGAUCGGUCCGGGCAGCGUUGGCAGAAUCGACGGCCGAGCGGGCCCUGGAGGCGCGGGGUGUGAGCGGCUGGGACGCCUCGGAAGGGCUGCGGCGGGACCAGAAGAGGGUGUGAAGACUAGAAGCAUGUUUUCUUCUGAGACCUUCGUCAACAUUUGUGUUACAGAAUGCCUUUAAGCGAACGGAAUAGUGUGGUUUUUGCUUAUGAGUCUUCAGUACACAGUGCCAAUGUUCUGCUUAGCCUUGAUGAACAAAGGAAACAAGAUCUUUUUUGUGAUGUUACCAUCUUAGUAGAAGAUCAACGAUUUCGGGCCCAUCGCUCUAUGCUUGCAGCCUGCAGCCUCUAUUUCCGCUCAAGAAUUGUGGGUCAGUUAGAACAAGAUCUUAUCAUUACUUUGCCUGAAGAGGUUACAUUGAAAGGAUUUGCUCCUUUGCUUCAAUUUGCGUAUACUUCUAAACUUAUUUUGGAUAAAGACAAUGUGGCUGACGUUUGCAAAUGUGCUGAGUUUUUGGGAAUACAUGACAUCGAGGAAUCUUGCUUUCAUUUUCUCAAAUUCAAGUUUCUGGACCUUAACCCAGGGUGGCGGGAAUGUCCCAAAAAGAAAUGUUGUCAAUCACACUGGCAGAAAGAGAAGCGUAAAAUAGGUAUGCCAAUUGAUGAGGAUUUCGAAGCAAAUGAUGGGAAUGGUUUGCCAAACGAAUGCGUUCAGAACCCUCAGCCGAAGGCCUGUGAAGACCAGCAACAUGUAGAAGUGUCUUUUUUGCAGGACCAUACUAAUCAGGCAUGUGAGUCUGUAUCAGAAAGGGGUUUUGCCCCUGGUUUAGAUUCCCAGUGCCCCAAAUAUAGGAAGUUCCAGAAAGCUAUAGGGAGUGAUAAAGUCCCUAUUGUGGAGACCAGUUCCAGUAUUAAAGAUAUCCAGGUAACAUCUUCUGCAUCCCUUCAUCCAACGGACUCAAAUACCAGUGGUGCUGUACAAAAAUCUCUUGAAUGUGUAACCGUGCAUCCAGUUCCAAGAUACUCAGAUGCUCCGUCAGUAAUGGAAGAACCUGGAAAAGAAGAGUUAUUGAAAGAGUCAGUUUCUGUACUUCAGAGCAUUGAAUGUUCUACAGAGAAGAUGGAUUGUUCUUUUGACACCCAUAAUUCUUCUAUUUCUGCUUAUCCCCCUUCAUUCUUAAAUGCAUAUGAUCAGUAUUGUAACUUGACUUUGAGUGGUAUGCAGAGCAAUACAGAUGGGGCUGAAAAAAUGGCCAUUGUUACCGGAGCUGGAGAUUGCAAUCCAGUCAGUGAAAUUGCCGAGGAGGGCCCACCUUUGAAAUCUCAGUUGUGUGACAGAGGAAACAUGAGCUGUGCUUCACCCAGCAGUCGUAGCAGUGUGGAGAGGGAGAUAGCAGAACAACUAGCAAAAGGAUUUUGGAGUGAUGUUUAUAACACAGACACUGCAUGUCAAGUAAACCUGUCUCCAGCUUCACCUAAAGAAUUUUUAGAGCAAGGUUGUGCAGAAAAGAAAACCGAGUGUCCUUGGUUAGGUAUCCGGAUCAGUGACAGUCCUGAGCAUGGUCCUCCACGAACUUUUACAACUUUGAGCUCUGUUGUGUGCCCCUUCAUCAGUAACCUAAGCAACGAGAACAGUACUGAUACCAACAGUGGGGACUGUGUUCCAGAGCCCCAACCAGAACAAUAUCCCUAUACCUGUGUGAUUAAUUUGGAAGGAGAUUCUGAAACAGAUACAGAGGGAGACAGUGAAUCCUGUUCUGCCAGAGAACAAGAAUGCGAGAUGAAUCUACCAUUGAAUCCACAGAAGUUAAUUUCACUUUCUAGGAAUGACUUUCAGUCAUUUCUGAAAAUGCACAAAUUGACACCAGAAGAGCUGGAUUGUAUCCAUGAUAUUAGAAGGCGAAGUAAAAAUAGAAUUGCUGCCCAGCGUUGUCGUAAGCGAAAGCUUGACUGCAUCCAGAACCUUGAAUCUGAAAUAGAGAAACUGCAAAGUGAAAAAGAAAACCUACUGAAAGAGAAAGAUCACAUCUUAUCAACACUGGCUGAGACAAAACAGAAUUUGACAGGACUUUGUCAACAAGUCUGCAAAGAAGCAGCACUGAGUCAUGAGCAAAUACAGAUUCUUGCAAAAUAUUCUGCCUCUGAUUGUCCGCUCUCAUUUUUGAUCCCUGAGAGGAAACAGCCAGCAACUUCUGAUGGCAUAUCUACAGUGCUAUUAUGUGCUGAAAUACCAGCCGGUCUUUCUGUGGUAUCAACUAAUGAGCAGAGUUCUGGUUAUCAGCAUAUAAAAGAAGCAUGUAAUACAGGGUACGAUCAAGCGCAAGAGCCGUGCCCAGUUCCUGUAAGAAUAUCUGAUAAAACAUUGUGUUUGGAGCAGUGUGUGCAAAGUGGUAGUGGUAUCACAGAUUUUUGUCAACAGAUGACGGACAAAUGCACUACAGAUGAAUAAUCUUUUUGUCAAACUCAUCCUUACAGGACUGAAGCAUUGGUCCUAAAGUAGAAAGGUAGAAUUUUCCAUAUGGUAUAACUGCAUUUGUAUUUAAUCUACUAUCCUCAUUCAAAUCUGGAUGUAAUUGUGGGCCUUUCUCUAAUGACAUAUAGGAAGAUGUCAUCCUAAAUUUGUAGCAUGCCUUAUUACAAAAAAAGGGAAUUUCUGCAGCUUAGAUAAUUUUGGCUGCCAGUGCCAUGAAAAGUAAAAAAAACCCCUUUUUUGUCUUUUAAAUUCUCUCAAAAUUUACAAGCUAGAAGAGUUAAAAAUAAAUUCGGUAAUAAAACAAAAGCUCAAACAAACAAACAAAACACCUUGUAUUUGGAAGCAUUGAGUCAUACCCAUUCUUAACAUCUUAUUACCCUUCCACUGUUCCCAUACAUUUCCAUUUCUGCUUAAUAUACCAUAGUUGGUUAUACUUCCUACUUCAGAUCUGGUGAGUGGUUGUUGAAAGGAGAAUUAAAAUGGUCAAAGAUUCUGGAAGGAUUUUAACUUUUAUAUUAAUAGUGGGACCAGUUCAGAUACCUUUGAAAAAUAUUGUUUUACAUGGAUGCCUUUAUGAUUAAAGCUAAUUGUAACUAUUCAGUUUUAGAUUUCAAUGGCUAGUACUUUGUUUAUGAAAAAAAAAGCCGCUUUGGAUUCUUUGGUAGUUUUGUCUAUUAAAAUAAGCAAAUAGAGCAUUUUACUGUAGGCUUUUCUGCAACAUAUUAAUUACAGAAAAUCCAUAUAAAUUCUUUAAUUGCAUAAUUCCUCUUUAAUAACAGAAGCUUUACCUGCUGAACCUCAAAACACUUUUGCUGGUUUACAAAACGUAAAAGCCAAUGGAAUUCUUCAUUUCCUACCUCAGCUCAGACAUCAAUUUUUGUAUCUGUGUUUGGAAAAUGAUCAUCUGUAAUUUUCUGUAAUUACUGUAUGCCUUGCAGAAUUCUUGAAUGGCAAAUCUGCCAUCUCCUCUAACAUACUGAAGCAGUGAUUAUGUUAUCGGUGAUUUAUUCUGUAGAAGAGCAAAUUUGCAUAAAACAUAGUGUAAACAUACAUAGUGAACGUUUGGCCAGAUACAUCAUCUGAACAGUACUUCUAACAACCAGCAUGUAUUUAAAAAAACUACACUACCUCAUAGAGUGAUUUUCAAGAUCAUUCUAAGCUGCAGUGAUAUUCACAAAUACUUGUCACGAAUUAGCGUUAUAAAUGACAGCUUAAAAUAUUUUACUUCAUUGUGGAAGUUCAUGGUUUCUUUUGCUUGUGUUCAUUUCUCUUGUGAUAAUUUAGGAGAGCAUUCUUAAUACAUAUUGUCCAGAAUUCUGUUAAUUACAUACACUGGUAUAAGUCAAAUGGCAUAAAUCUCAGUAAUACAUAUCUGCUUGUUAAGGAAUCAUUGUUUGUAUUCUUUGUUGUGUGCCAUGUCACAUGGGUGGCAUGCAAUAAGAAAUGCAAACAUCAGCAAGUUAAUUAGCAGCAAUUCACCACUAAGGCUCCAUGCUAUUUGACUUACGCUGACAUACAUAAAUAAUAGGAUUUGGGCCAUUUAGAUGGUAUUUUUGGUGUUGUGUACAUCUAUUAAGGGCAUGAACUCUUUUUCCUAGAAGUCAUAUGGUCUGACUUUUCUACCCUGUUCUUUUCUGACAAUUCAGUUAUCAGUGCCAAAUCUAUUAAAACAUGCAAAUGUCUAUGCUAGGGCUAAGGAAGAUACAGUAUGACCUUGCAGAUGCAGUUGGACUCUAGUUCUUCCUAUAUGCCCUGGCCAGCCUGACUAGUGGUGAUGGUUAAUGGGGCUAAUAGUUUUGUAACAUCUGGUUCCCACCUCUGCUCUAUAUCCUGAAAAAGUAGCUUAAUUUUCUUUUGAAAGAAUUGUGAUACUGACAUAAUUGCAUAUGGGAGAACUAUUGGAAGAAUUGCUAGGGUCAAAACAUUUGAAAUUGUCCGCAGGGACCUGGAUUUUCUAUCUAUGGCAGAGAUGGAGAACAUGUCGUCCUCCAAAUGUUUGACUGCUGUUCCUUAUCUCUCACUGCUGGCUGUUCUCUCUAGGAUGUAAGAGUUACAUCUGAAGGAAAGGAUGUUCAUCUUUCCUCUUCUUUGGACUUGACUAAUGCAGAGGUUGAAACAGAGAAUCUGGCUUAAGUUUCUGUGUCCCAAAAGUCAGUUGAUAAGACAUCUGGAAGAAUGGAUCAUUGCCUGCCAGAGUAGUGAAAAAGAGCAUCCAUUGCAUUCUUGCAAUUGUUUAGCAACUUUAAUGCCUAUGAAUUAGAGUCCUAUGUUAAAUUCACAUUCUUGCAGGAAUUGUUGAAUUUGUUGUAUCCAGGUGGGGAGCGGGGAGGGGGGAUUGAGGCAGCUUAAUCAGCUACCUCUAGGAAAGUUUGUACAGUGGUAUUUUGAUUGCAUGCAAACACUGAAAAGCUAAAUCAUCAGCUUGCAAGUUUUAGGAAUGGAUAUCAACGGCAAUUUUAAUGUACAAAAAUCUCAGGUAAAUCAUACAUUCUCCAGUUUUAGCCAAGAACAUUCAUUUUUGAACAUGUACAAUAUUAGUAUCAAUGCAUGUUAAAAGUAGUUUUAAAGAUCUGGGGCAGAAUGUUAGAAAUUCUCUAACAAUAAAACAGCAUAAAGAUUGUAAAAAAGCAAAAAAACCCUGCAUUAAUUACAGUUGAUUUUUUAAAAUCUUUCAUAGUCCAGUGUUUUCUAAUGCAAUAAAAGCCACUAUUCUUUCUAAAAAGGUCUUCAUUUUUGUAAACAUUUGGCAUUGUAGAACUGAUGCAUACCAACUGAUUUCAUUUAGUACUACUAAAGCUGAACUCUGGAAAUAACAUUAUUUAUACAGUUUAUAUAAUAUAUUCAAACAGCAGACAUUAAUGAUUGGAAUAAAAUGCCUAAAACUUUA